UAAACAUACAGGUAUGUCAUUUGAAUUUUAUUAUUUUCGUACCAGCCCUUCAUAUUGUAAUAUAUUAUUAUUGUGCAGCCCCAAAUUCUAUUUCAGUUUGUUUGGAUGACAUUGGAAAAAGUAACAGUAAUGAAGCUGUGCACAUCAAUUCUUCUUUUGUUGCUCCUGAGUUCUGUCUUGGCUGGACCUGCUCCAGAUAUAAGUAAGAUAGAGAUCACUGGCUGUGAUUGCUCAAGGUGUUACUAUACACAGAUUGGGUAUGCCAUACGCGGCACCGUGUAUGCAUUGUUUGAUUAUAGUAGGGUCAGAUGUACUUCACAGGCGAUUGUAAAUUACUGGAGAAUGGUAAUAGGGUGGAACUAUUCGUGCCCAGUCAAGCCAACGGGAAAGUUCGAAGUUAAAUAUAUAACCUCGCGGCCUCUAAUGUAUGGACUUACCUACGACAAGAUUUAUGUGUGCGACUGUACAGCUCAAUCUUAUCCAUGUUAAACUGAUGUAAAUAUUUCUCAAUGAAAUAAAGAUUGCACAAUAUAAGACUA